UGGUACUUUCAGAAAGCGGAGACCUCGGUGGAGAGCGGAAGGUGAAUCUCUAAGAGUUUCUCCUGUCGGAAAGAGGAAACGAAAGGGCUCCAGUUCUCUCACGCUUUUUUACGUGUCGGUUUUGUGAGCGACAGGACCAUGACGAGUUAUGUAAACGAUAUGUGGCCCGGCUCUCCCCAGAGGAAGGACUCUCCGGCGAGCUCGAGCACGGGCCGCUCUAGCCGGAUCUCGUCCAGGUCGCGCAGCUCGUCCUCUGCGAGUUCUCGGGCCGUCUCGAGCCAUUCUUCGCGCUCGUCGGCCUCGCGCAGCCGCAGCCGGUCCCGGCGCCACCGCUCGCGCUCCCAGACCCGCCGGCGUCACCAGCGCAAGUACCGCCGCUACUCGCGCUCCUACUCCCGGAGCCGAUCGAGGUCGCGCGGCCGACGGUACCGGGAGCGUCUGCCGCCGCGGGCCUACCGCCGGUACUACCGCUCACCGUCGCGAGGUAGAUCCCGCAGCAGGUCCCGCUCCCGGGGACGCUCGCACUACCGCCGGCCUGCACUGGGCUCCCGGGGCCGUCGGUAUUAUGGCUUCGGGCGUACGAUCUACCCCGAGUCGCACCCAAGCUGGCGCUCCCGCAGUCGUAGUCGCAGCCGCAGCCGCAGCUACACACCUCUGCGCCUCAGCGACAAAGAUAGGAUGGAACUUUUAGAAAUAGCAAAGGCUAAUGCAGCCAAAGCUUUAGGAACAGCCAAUAUUGACUUGCCGGCUAGUCUCAAAACUGGUUUACUAUCUAAAGAUGCAAAUUAUGGAAAACAAAUACAGAGUGAUGCUACAAAACUUGAGCUGUCAGAAAGAUGCAAUGAAGAUGUAAUUAAAACCUCAAAUGAAAGUUCUUCCCUGCAAAGAAACAUACCUUUCCAUUUUGGUAACUCUGUAGCAAAUCCAGUACUUCAGAAAACAACUAAAGAAACUGCAAGAUUUCCUAAAGAUGAUGAGAAAAGCCAGAGUUCAUAUGGACAGUGGAUUCCUAUCAAGAAAGAGUAAAAUAGUUUACUUUUAAGUUCUCCUAAAACAGCACUGUCUUUCAAAUUUUAAGAUGUCUAAUUUCAUCCUUUCCUCAUGAAUAGCAAAAGCUAUAUUUAGCUGUAAAAGACAGUUUGAAAUGCUGGCAUGAAAAGAUUAAGUACUUUAAUCUGUCUUAGAUUUCUUUUCCAGAUAAGUGAAAUGAGCACAAAAUGGACCAGAAAUCACAGGUGGGAUUUUUAUUUGUGUGUGUAAAUAUUUGUAAAUACUUUUGUGGUGUUAAAUAUAACCAGUGCUAACUCAGUUACUGUACAGCUACAUGUUGAUAUUGUAUAUAUUUUCAUUUGUUAAUAAAGUGUAAUUUUUGUGGGGUUUUUUCCA